AUGGAUAUGAACAACAAGAUAUCACCACCCCAAGAGGGUCAGGAGAGGCAACAAACGCCGCCUCCUCCACCCCAGCCCCGACACCACACCCUCACGACCAUCUUGAUAGGGUUGUUGAUGGUUGUUUCCGUCUUCAGUGUCGGAAAAGAGAUCAAGAGUCAGCUAUACCCGAGUCCUAGCCUCAACAGCAGGACGAUAGCAAAGCGGGAGGUGUCCUCAUGGGGCCAGACUCUCGACUCCAUUGUCUCUGCUGAGACUGUCGAGGCUAUCGGGAGCGACCCCAAGCUGAGACGGACGCUCCUGUCCAUGGUCGAGUUCACCGUCGAUCUCUCAGAUACAUUGGCUUCCCAAUACGACGCUCCUCAACUCGCAGAGACAAAGCAAUUACUGCAGGAAUACAAGGAGAAACUGAGGCGAAACCUCGAGAACCUGGAAGAUGAUGCUGAGGAACAGAGCGAGGACGGCAGCCAGCCAAGGAAGCGACAGUUCCCCAACCCCUUUGGUCUCCCUGGCCUUCCUGGUGCCCCAACACCAGGCGGAGGAGGCGCCGGCGGUGCCGCUGGUGGUGGCGGCGGCGGAAAUCCCCUCACUGCUCUUCUCCCUGGCGGCGGUGGCGGAGGUGCAAACGAUACCGGCGGCAUUCUCGCCCCUCUUCUUCAGCCGCUUAAAGACGGACUGAGCAAUAUCGGAAACCAACUUGUCUCGAACCUCAACGGGCCCGCCAUGUUCCUCGGAAUCGGCGUCGGUGCCGGCGCAGCCCAGGGCUUGAAUCUCUCAACCACGGAGAACACGAUGCAGGUCGCUGCCAAGGUGGCCGCGGACAACGGUAUGGAGGCCACGGGCCUGAACCCAGCCAUCCAGAACCUCGGUGUCGGUCUCACAUCGACACUCCUCGGCGCUGUCAACAUUAGCAGCCUCGGCGGCAAUUUCACCGAUCAGCUACAGCCGAUCGCCAUGUCUCUCGCAACCGGUCUGGGCAACGGCACUGUUGCCGGUCUGAAACUGAACGCGAACGCCGCAAACCUCGAGCCCGUCAACGACUCGAGCAUCGCCAACAUCAUCGGCACCUUCGGCUUCGGCCUGACCAAAUCCGUCACGGGAGCCAUCGACAUCAACUCCCUCUUCAACCAGGCAAACAACCCCAACACCACAAAGACCAUCAUGCGGAUCCUGCCCGCUGCGGCUUCUGGCUUCGGCAAGGGUCUGGGCCAGGGAGCAACCGUUGGCCUCGGCCUGCAGCCCGAUUCCGCCGUGCCCAUGCAGCAGAUGCCGGACGGGCAGAUCGACUUCGGCGGCAUCUCGCAAACCUUCGCCAAGGGCCUGACGAGCAGCUUCCUGCAAAACGGGACCGCCGGCCAGCUGUUCAACAAGAUCGGUUCCUCCAUGACCGCCCAGCAGUCCCCGGGCAACGGCGGCAUCCCCUCGACCAUCAACUUCAACGGGCAGAUGAUCGAGGUCAGCCGCGUGGCCCAGGGCUUCGCUCGCGGGUUCCUCCAGGGCGCAGGAGACGCCAUCCAGGGCAUGGGCGGCGUGCAGUCCCUCAUCUCCGGCAAUGCCACCAUGCCCAUCGGCGGCUUUCCCGAUUCCAAGGUCCAGUACGAUGACUCCCUCGGCGGAGCCGCGAGCGGUUUCGGCGUCGGUAUCGGAGGACAAGGUGUUCUCCUCGUCACCUCCCUGGUCUCGAACCCGAACGGCAACCCGGUGCCCGGAUCUCCGGCGAUUGGCUCUACGCCCGCGCAGGCUGCUCCCGCUCCCGCAUCAUCAAGCUCACCACCGCCGGCCCGCAGAAACCUGGGCCUGGUGGCGAGGCAGGAGCCGAACCAGAACACGCCCCCCUUGGUCUCGGUCAACACCACCAACGGCUUCAACCUCUCCGUCGUCGUCAACGCGCAGACGCUCUCCAUGGCCGGUCAGGCAAGCGUCAACGCCCUCUCGUGCCAGGGCGUCGGGGGUCUGGGCCUCGUCGUGGUCGGCCUGCUCAGGAGCGGGGCGAUCAGUCUGACAUCUUUCAACGGCAACAGCAACGUGACGACGGCGAUCAAGCAGGCCAUUCCCACUGGCACCAUCAAGAUCUCCAACGAGGGCAACCAGUACGCCAUUGACGGCGGCAUCCUCAAGGACGCCCUGGGAGGUUCCAUCACGGGCGCGGUCGGUGCGGUACAAAUCAACGGCAUGAACCUCGGCGCCUGGAUUGCCUUCCUCGUCAUUCACAUCCUGGUCGGAAUCGUCGUCUUCAUCAACGUCCUCCCGCUAGCAAUCGGCCUCGAACACGGACGCAACCUCCUCCUCCGCAUCAACGUGCCCAACAUCCUCCCGAACGUGCACAAAUGGAACAACAUAAUGUGGCUCUUCAUCAUCGCGCCGUCCCUGGUUGUCGUGCUCAUCUUUGGUGUCUUGGUCAUCGGAAAGACUGCCCAUUUCCGCACUGCCCACGGCAUCGUAAGCCUAAUCACAGUCCUGGUCGGCAUCCUCGCAUUCCUGAUGCACCUCGCAAUCAAGGCCCGCGCGCCCCCCCAACUCCCCAACACCUCGCGCUCCCCCCCUACCCCGAUGCCCCUGCUCAGCCUGCCCAGCAUCAGAGUCUACGUCAACCAGCUCUUCCUCAUCCUCUCCUUCGCCUCGGUCAUGACGGGCUUCGCAGACCUGUCGUCCGUGGCACUCUGCUUCACCCAGGUCGUCCCCUUCGACCUGGCACUCACGCUCGGCUUCGGCCUGUCCACGCUCUUCGUCCUCGGAUCAACCGUGUCCGGCCUCGACAUCUCACUUAACCUCCGCGCCAUCUACAGGAAGGCGAGGGGCAAGGACGGCGACUCCGCCGGGGCCGUUGAGGGCGGCAAGGGUGGUAUCGCAAGGGAGGCCCCCCCCGUCUUGGAGCCCAUAAAGGUGUCUGAGAAGGGCAAGAGUUACGCCUAA